AUGGACGACCCCGCGAUGGAGCCACUCAUGGCCGCCGACGCUGUCGCGCACUCACGACGGCGCUUGUCGUCUUCGAAGACUGUCUCUGCCUUCCACGAUACUGCGAGGCCACGAUCCCAAGCGAACGAUGCUGGCGCACUCGAUCCAGACACUUGCCGCAUUUGCAGAGGAGAGGCAACCGCCGAAGAGCCGCUCUUCUACCCGUGCAAAUGCAGCGGCAGCAUCAAAUACGUCCACCAGGACUGCUUGAUGGAAUGGCUCUCCCACUCGCAAAAGAAACACUGCGAGCUUUGCAAGACGCCAUUCCGCUUCACGAAGCUGUACUCGCCAAAAAUGCCCAAGACGUUGCCUGCCCACGUCUUCGUCGGCCACAUGACCAAGUAUCUCUUCAGGAACGUACUUGUGUGGUUGCGGGCUGCGCUGGUCAUCAGUGUCUGGCUUUGCUGGCUGCCCUACCUGAUGCGAUCCGUUUGGGCUUUCUUGUUUUGGGUCAGCGAUGAAGGACUGGGUAGCGGCGCUCUGUGGAACAGCUCGAAUGCGACCGUCAGCCGAGGCGUCUCGGUGGCCUUCUCUGUUGCCAACUCCAACGUUUGCCCGGCAUCACCUCUUUUGGAACCGACCACGACGCCGGCAAACUUGGGAGGCAUGCUGAAGGAUAUCAUCCAGGGCCAGGAACUCCCGUUCAGCCAGUCCUUUCACGGUGUCAAUAUCACAACCAAUGAUUCCAUGUCGGCUGCGCUCUUGAGAAUGCUGCUCGGGUCCAUCACGUCCUCAGGCUCCAACAACUCAACCGCGACACUCGCUGGGGGCAGUGACCCUGUUCUGGAUCGCCACCCGUCUCUCUUAAGCGGCGUGUCGUGGUUGCGUAACAUGACCAGAUACCCAGUAGUAAACCGGACCAUUAUUGGCGUGCUCGAAGGUCAGAUCAUUACGAUUUUGGUCAUCAUCUCAUUCAUUCUCGUCAUCCUGGUUCGCGACUACGUUGUCCAGCAACAGCCGGAAAUCAACAUGCGGGCUGCCUUCGCUGCCAACGAUAACCAGCAGGCUCAGCCUCAGGCACAACAGCAGCAUCAGCAUCAGCAUCAUCAUCACGAGCCUAAUGACGACGUCGACAUGCUAAAUAACUUCCCAGACGAGGAGUUGAGAGGGCCGAGUGAAAGUGAUGAGGAUGACGAAUCGACGACUGGCGAGCGACCUGGAGGUCAAGACGGCAUGCCUCAUGUGGCUUGGAGUGACCAAGAAGCGACAGCUGAAGUCGCGGAAUCCUCACUGCCAAGGCCACUUGAUGCUUUCGGUCCACGCGCUUACGGUAACGCUGAACCAGAUUUUGACUUUAACACGCCACCAGAGAGCAGUUCCGACAAGGACAAGGAUGCGCAGACUCCUGUCGCCACUGUCCAUGAAUACCUUCGCAUCUAUCGCCAAGCCAAUGGCGAUCCUGAAAAGAUUCUCAAGAUCAUUGAGGAGGAGGACUUGGAUGAGCCACUGGGUUAUUGGGCCAGGAUCACAAAGUCUAUGAUGGAUAAGAACCGAGAGACGGGCGUCCCGCAGCCGAAAAACAACGACUCUAGAUCUGAUGGACCCUCGAAUUCUGGAGGUUCGCCAGCCCCGCCCCCAUUCACAGUUCAGCUACCCGCCCCUUCAACGCCUCAGUUCUCCUGGCCGAUCCAUGCCUCAGGUGAAAGCAGCACCGAUGAAAGUGCCAAAGGAAAGGGCAAGGCCGUGCAGCAAGAUCACCAAGAACCUAUUGCUGGCGGCGAGGGUGCAAGUGAGUUGAGGUCAACACCUUUCCAAAGCCCUCUUCGACCUAGAUCUGUCUCCGACGGCCCACAACGGAAUGAUACCAUCAACCCCUUGGCAAACAACAGCUGGUCUUUCUCUGGUUUGAACUCGUUACCUCCAGCUGAGCCCGAGGUUGAAGAGCCGCUGCAAACGUUCGAUGCCAAUCCUCGAGCUCGUGUCACUGGACCUUCUGCUGGUCGCUCCACUACACCCCGUACCAGUUGCCUGGAGUAUGGCUCCGACUUGGAUCUCGGGUUCGGCACUGCGGAGCCUUCUCAGGAGAACGGCAUUUUCGAUCAUCCAGAGCUGGAGGCGCAGCCCGCAGACGGCAUUGGCCCGCGACGAGACACUGGCAUCGCCGUCGAAGCGGUCGAUGAAACCAACGGCAUGCCCCAAGAAGCCGAAGACAGUCGAGUGGCUCAGCUCACGAUCUUUGUCUGUGUCUUCGUACCUUACAACCUCGGACGGAUCAGCGUUUGGGCAGCUAUGAACCCCAUGCGCCUCGUCCGUAUGCUUUUCAGCAUGACCAAGUUCAUUCAAGACGUAGCUGUCGGUGUCAUGGCCGGACUGGGCAGUCUCGCUUUAUCCUUCAUCUACACGACAGGAAGAAUGAUGGGCUUCCCGGCCGGAAACGGUGUUGGAUUACUCAUGACGAAGACUUUCAACAUCUUCAUGAGCGCGUCUAGCCGGGUUCUCGAAAGCCUCACCAGCGAGUUGCCCAUCAUCUCAACUACCGAGAUGCAAAACUUCUCCGCCAUCAGUCACGAAGCACUUCUAAACUUCAAAUCUUCAUUGUCUGACUCACUUGUUGCUGUAGGCGACAUCCUGAGCUCUGUUUUCGACCGCGACCUCGUAGCAAACACCAGGCAUGUGGCAUCCCUUUUGGCGAACGCAAUUAUGUAUGCGUGGAACGCGGUUCAGGACCUUCCCCCCAGCGUCCUCAACCCUGGCUCGUGGGUGAUCAGCUUUAGUGUGCCUGAGCCCUCGACGGCCGUCAAUCCCGCGCUAUCGUACUGGUCAGGCACCGACAGAUUCUGGGCGAUUCUCUGCGGAUAUUUCACUUUCUCGGCCAUCAGUGCGCUCUACUUGCGACGCGGCUCCCCAUUUUCCACUGGACAGACAGGCCAGGAAUGGGAGGCUUCGCUGAUCGACUUGCUUAACCAGGCCAGCGGCGUUAUGAAAGUCAUUCUUAUCAUUAGCAUCGAGAUGCUCAUUUUCCCGCUAUACUGCGGUCUCCUCUUGGACGUGGCUCUUCUCCCCCUCUUCGAGGCUACCACCCUCAAAUCACGGGUCGCCUUCACGAUCAACUUCCCGCUAACCUCGAUAUUUGUGCACUGGUUCGUGGGAACAGGGUACAUGUUCCACUUUGCCCUGUUCGUCUCCAUGUGCCGCAAGAUCAUGCGCAAAGGCGUUCUCUACUUCAUUCGUGAUCCCGAUGACCCGGAGUUCCAUCCCGUCCGUGAUGUACUGGAGCGCAACGUCAUGACCCAGCUGCGGAAGAUUCUAUUCUCUGCCUUUGUGUACGGAGCGCUUGUCAUCGUUUGCCUCGGCGGUGUGGUCUGGGGCCUGGCUCUCAGUCUCCCCAAUGUUCUGCCGAUUCACUACUCUUCCAACGAGCCUGUGCUGGAGUUCCCUGUCGACUUGCUGUUCUACAACUUUGCAAUGCCUCUGGCCGUCAAAUUCUUCAAGCCCAGCGAUGGCUUACACGCUAUGUAUACCUGGUGGUUCCGAAAAUGCGCUCGAGGACUGCGUCUAACCUGGUUCCUAUUCGGCGAGCGUCGCAUUGACGAAGAAGGGAUUCUGGCUUUGCGUCCAGGUUCGGAUCUUCAGAAUCUACCAUGGUGGAGGCGGUGGUUUCUGGAGGUCAACAAGCAGAACAAAGUUGUACCAAAGACAUGGGAAGACACCUUCGAGGGUGGCACAGCCAAGCCAACAUCCUCGAUUCCAAAUGAUCAAAUGAUCAUUUUGAGUCUCAGAAAAGCCCGCCUUGUCGAAACCGGACAGCUGAUCCAAGAUGGUCACUUUGUGCGCACACCUGCGUCGGACCAGGUCAAGAUACCCAAGGGAAGACGCGUCUUUAUGCCGGUUUCUGAGAACAACUCGCGUCUGGACGGCAAAGCCGACUCCCCCGACACAGACCUCUACUCGACGGACCAAUAUCAGCUGGUGUACAUCCCGCCGCACUUUCGGGCCAGGGUCUUCCUGUUCAUCAUGUUCAUCUGGAUCUUUGCCGCCGUUACAGGCGUGAGCUUCACAAUUGUGCCUCUCGUUUUCGGUCGCAAGAUGUUUAAGGUCCUCAUCCCUGCUCACAUCCGGACCAACGAUAUAUAUGCUUUCAGCAUCGGCAUCUACAUUUUAGGUUCGGCCGCCUACUUCCUCUUCCAUGCCCGCACCGUGUUUAAAAAGAUGGCGGCUUGGGCUUCGUCUACUCUGCAGUCCGUGUGGCAGAGUGAUGCUCCGAUGGGAGUCGCGCUCAUGGGCAUUCAAGUUGCUAGGCUUGCUUAUGCAUAUACCAUCCUUCUAGUCGUCUUCCCUCUGAUCCUGACGGCGCUCAUGGAACUAUACUGCCUCAUUCCCCUCCACACCUACGUGUAUCCGCCUACGCCCUACAUCACUGAGACCAGCCAUAGCGGACAGUUCAAGGACGGCAUCGUCGUCACCAACCAGCACACGACAAGAGUCAUACAGUCAUGGACUCUGGGCCUGCUUUACGUCAAGCUUGGUGCCCGUGCCAUCACCAGUCUGUAUGAAGGCACUCGCAUGGCCCAAGCUGUCCGCGCCGUACUACGUCGCGGCUGGCUGCAACCUGACGUGCUCGUACUGACAAGAGCGUUCGUCGUGCCUGGGCUCCUGAUCGGGGGCCUGGCAAUUUUUGGGCCUCCUUACGCGGUGGGUUGGAUGGAGUCUCACGGCCUCCUUGGAGCACCUGGACCUGCACCUCACGAACUCAAGAUGAUUUACCGUCUAUCCUAUCCUGCCGCGGCGUUCAGCGCACUGGCAGCAAUGGCUUUCUGGAGCAUCGUGGGCGUGUUCAACAACUGGAAGGCGCGCAUCAGGGAUGAGGCCUACCUGAUUGGCGAGAGGCUUCACAACUUUGGGGUUGGCGCUGCUGGUGCAGCGGGCGCGCGUGGCCCUUGGAGAGUUAGGGGUCGGUUGUAA